AUGGCGCGCGCCGGAACCAACAACCAGUUUUUACCGCACAUGCGUGAGAUUCAGGCCUUACACUCCCGCCAGAAGGAGGAGAUAGACAGUCUCUUUAUAAAGCUGGGAAAGGUUCCUCCAGCUGCAGUGCUCCCACCAAUUAUAGGCUUGACUGGAAGGAGAAGACGACCUACGAAGAGCAAAUCCUCCAAAUCGUCCAGAACCAGCUCCACGCACAGCAGCAAGAGUCCGUUACAACCAGGCAGCACUUUAUCGGCCCAGAGCGCCCCCACCCUGCCCCCCGGCCCGCUGGCUCUGUUAGCCCCAGGAGGACUUGCCGAAUCGAGCAGCAGUACUCUGCUCCAGCCUCUCAAACCCUCUCCCUCCAGCAACAACGUGUGCUCGGCCUGCACCAGCGACACGGCGCUCUCUGUGCCCAGCCUGUGUGCUCCCACCCCAGGCUGUGUAAAGUUCAGCUGGGGUUCGGAGCGUUUGGCCUUCAAGCCUGGCGGCAGGAGGACGCGCUUUCUGAGGAAGAUGGUGAAAAAAGUGUGCCCCUGCAACCAGCUCUGUAGGACUAACAGCACCAACGCAGUGAGUGGGUCAGGGGGUCUGUGUCAGAGCCAGGGGGGCUCUCAGUCCCUGCCCCCCAGCAUGUCUGCCCCCCACCAGAGGAAAGGAACCUUCACCGAUGACCUCCAUAAACUGGUGGACAACUGGGCCCGAGACGCCAUGAACCUCUCACAGGGGAAGAGGAGUGCCAAACAGCUGCCGCAGGCCCCAGCACAGGGACACAGCUACGAGGUGAGUUUACAAAUACAUGUGAUCAUCAUGGCCUGUCAGGGGCCUCACCUUCAUCUCUUCACAUUAAGUGCACAUGGCGCAGCUGACUAUACAUUCCAGCUUCAUUAUAUGCAUAGAUAA